GAGCAAUUCUAGGAUAUUCUCUCACCAUCUUCUCAAACGAAUCCUAGGGUUUUCACUUCUUCUGCCCUUCAACACAAUUUUUAUAUAGAUGCGUACGAAUCGCAAUUCAGAUUUUAGCAUCCAGGAGACAUGCAUAACUCUCGAUAUGGACUGGAGAAUUCAAAUCAUGGUCGGGAGCAAUUCAUGGAAGCACAUCGCACACCAUCUCUUUUCUCGGUCCCCUACCACCAUCUCCACCACAAUCACCACCUCCCACGGUAUCCUCAGAUAACUUUUCGGCAACCUAUGCAAGAGCUUCCGGCAAUAUUUAAGCUUGACCAAGGAGAGCACGAGGAAGAAGAAGAAGAAGAAGAAGAGCAACUAGGUCGCUGCUUUCAGGGCCUGUUCGGGCACACGGGGUUACAAUCUCAGCCUGGCGUUCAUCACCAAGCCCCAGUUCCAUCUGUCAAUGUUAAUUUUGAAUUGGGUUUAAGUGAGAAUGGUUCUUGCAACCCAGCACCGUGCUAUUCAAUAUCCAACGAGGCACAAGUUCUUCAUCUCCCCCAACAAGAUUGCUAUUCUGCUCCGAAAGAACCCUCCUGGAGGUCACUUAGCAUUGGAGAUUUGAACACUGACAUUAGGAUGUGUAAUGAAAUGGAGAACAUGGGAUCGGCUCUAUUUGGAGAGCUCGAGGCAGUAUGUAACCUAGCUAAGGGCAGGGAAGUGAGCCAAACAUGUUCGAGCACAGCUCUCACGGCUGAGAACUCGCCACCAAUUAUGCCACUAACCGCCUUGAAGGACCUGAAUGCAGGUCCUGCAAGAGUAGACAGUCGCGGAUCAGAGAGCUUGAAGUCGGUGUCUCUGAGAAAGGCUGAGAGGAGGAAAAGGAAAAGGAAGUUGAACGAGGAAUUGAGAUUGACAAGUGCGUUUCUCGAGGCCCUUCUGAAGCAAGUCAUGGACCACCAAGAUUUCCUCCACAGGAAGUUCUUGGAAGUGAUUGAGAGAAUGGAGAGGGAGAGAAUAGAGAGGGAACAGGAGUGGAGGAAGCGAGAGGUCCGAAAGAACGAGAGUGAAGCCGCUGCACGAGCCAGGGAACAGGCCCUGGUCACGAGCCGAGAGGCCCUGAUUGUCAACUACUUACAGAAGAUAAUGGACCAGAGCCCGAAUCUUCCCAAGGAGUCGAAUCCUCAAUUAUCAAGGAGGAAAUGUUAGGAGAAGCUGGAAGACAUCGCAUUUGGAUCCUAUGCAAUUCGGAUUGACUUGGAUAGAAUCUGGGCAAGUGACUUUAUAUUAGUAACACAACCAUCGCUCUCAACUAUAGAGGUCUUGGAUCCGAGACAUCGAUUGUUGCUUUUGGAAAUGCCAAGGAGAAUUUGAAUAUGUUGCAUGGAAUUUAAGCGCAGUGGAUAGAAUAAUUUGAUGAAUCAUUGUUUAAUAAUUUCUGUUUUUUUGAUAUGAAUCAUAUGAUUUUGACAGACAUUGGAAGUCAUGACAUAAAUUUCGCUGCUGCCACUCACAAUCAUUCAAUGAAAAAUAUACCAAGCUCUAUCAAUA